AUGAAAACCCAAUGCGAACAAGAUGGUGUUGAUAUUGUUACAUUUAGAGACAAUACUCUCAACCUUCUUUUACAAGCAGAAAAAGUCCGUUGUGACAACGAGCUUGAGAGAAACACAUUCCGUAAGACUGAAAUACAAAACGACUUUGCACAACGAGAGUUUGCAAUUAGAGAGCUGAUGCGACCUUCUGUGUUAUUCAACCCACAGCCGUUGUUUAAAGAAGAGUCUACAAACAACACUUCUGAAAAUACAACACAGCAAAUCGUAGUUACUCAGUCACCAAAAGAAGAUAGUAAAAAUACUAUUAAUAAUAGUAAAAAUACUAUUACUGAUAGUAACGUGAUUGACUUAAACAUCAGUUCGUCUGAAGUAGAAGAACAAAUAUUGGAAUAUCACAGCAAUGAAUCUAACAAAGAACCCCCUUGCAAAUAUCACGUAAAAACAAAUGUCAACGACAAAAUUGAAAGCGAAAAUUGUGAAGUCCUUUUAAAUAAAAAAGAAAAGGAACAAAUACACAAAUGGAGUGGGAGGAGUGUUGGUGAUCUAAUUUUCACUUAUAAAAAUAAUUUAAAAAGUUGUAGUGUUAAACUUCGAGAGUGUUUUCAUGAAGGGAAUGGGUUUGUCAUUGCACUGCUCUAUGAACAGAAUGUGUUUGGUGUUGUUGUGACUAAAAAAGUUGAUAAAACGACGGACUAUGCAUUUGAUGAAGACUGUUUUAUAUUCCAAAUGAGAGAUAAUGGAGACAACAAUUACAAAAUGUAUAAAAUUAAAGCAGAAAAUUUCGAUUGGGCAUUUUCAGUUGGUGUAAAAUGCAGCACCAAGUUUUUUGAUGUUGGGUGUGGAGAUAUUAAUGUCGUUUACAACAAUACAAACAAAAAAGUCGUUUGCAAGUGCGCACAAUCAUCAUUUGAUUACAAAAAUUGCACUCAAACGAUUUGUGGCGUGGAUGGGUCUGUAAUCUUUAAUAUACAGAAAUUUGUUGUGUACAGAUUAAAUGAUUUGGAUUGA